AUGGUGAAAGAGCUCACAGAAAACUACACCAGAGUUAAAGAGCAACUGUUCUUUUACAAAGCAUUCCCAUCUUUCAGCAUUCAGUUGAAAGAUUGGGGAGGAAAGUUGUACUACUUCAGCUCUGAUCAACUCACCUGGCCAAGCAGUCGUGCUUUCUGUGUUUCAAAAGGAGCCGAUCUGGUGACCAUAACCAACCAAUCAGAACAGAUGUUUCUGUACUCUGAACUUAAAGACCAUUACUGGAUUGGUCUCAAUGAUCUGGACACUGAAGGAGACUGGGUUUGGGUGAAUAACCAAACUCUCAAUGACACUGGAGUACAGUUUUGGUACCAGAGGGUCUCUCAGAAAAGUGAACCUGAUAACUGGAGCGGAGGCGGCGCCGAUGGAGAGAAUUGUGCUAUUGUGAAAAAAUCUUCCAACUAUUCAAACAAUUGGUUUGAUGUUUCCUGCAAUUCUAUGUAUAAGUUUAUCUGUGAAAAGAAAGUCCAUCAGUGAUAUGUCAUGAAAGAGGUCUAGUUUCAUGCACAUGUAGAGAAAAGAAAAACAUCAUGUCUUCUUUUGGAUUUGUUUGCUUAUUCAGUUAAAAUGCGGUAAAAUGUAUGCUUUCUCUGGGAGGUCCCAAAUGCAUGAACUGAUAAAAUGUAUUACCUUGAAUGCAAUGUAUGUUGCUUUGGAUAAAAGCGUCUGCCAAAUGCAUAAAUGUAAAUGCACAAGCAGCUUUUUAUAUUGAGUGCACUUAUAUCCCAUCUUAGUUAUUUUAUGCUUGUAAGAGCAUGAGCGAAGGAUAUGAUUUUGGUCACGUUUUAGACAAACAGCUUUUUUACCUAAAACAACUUUUCAAGAAAUUUUCUAAGCUAGAAAUAAUAAGUCCUCUUUUCAGAAAAUUUGUUCAAAUGACAUGACGCUUCUGCAUUACAGCAUUAUAAGGAUGAGAUGUUUUUUAAUAUUCUGUGUGAAACUGUGCUGUGGUCAGCAGAUGGCAUUACACUUCUGAGAUGUUCCUAUGUG